AUGACAGACGGAACGAAACCAGCAUGGGUCGCAUUGUCCAAGUUUCUAGCACCUUGGGCUGCAAUUGUUGUGUUUUCUGCACCAAUUCCAACAAUUCGUGCUAUCGAAAGAGACCGAUCAGUUGGGUCGCUACCUCUACUGCCUUAUUCAUCGAUGAUUGUGUCUUCGUUCCUGUGGCUUGCAUAUGGUGCAUUGAUUCAUGAACCAGCAGUUUGGCGAACCAAUACUUGUGGUUUGUUCAUGUCCCUAUACUACUUUAUGCGCUUUGUGAAGCACGCACCACCAAAAUCACCGACACUUCCUGGAUCCGUUCAGGAUCAUUCAAACGCAGUACUGUUGAUUGUCCUUGGAACUCUUGCCAUCAUAUAUGUGAUGCCCAUUGAGAAUCCAGCUCAUUUGAUUGGAAACAUUGCUGUCAUUUUCUGUGUGGCCAUGUUCGCAUCACCCUUGGCGGCAUUGAAGACAGUGAUACAAACAAAGUCAGCAAGGUCUAUUCCUCUGCCGUUGGCAAUUGCUACUUGCAUCAAUUGUGGGCUUUGGUCUAUAGUGGGCCUUUUUGACAUUGUCGAUUUCAAUAUCUAUUUCCCGAACCUGUUAGGGUUGGUGUGUGGUAUCGCCCAGCUAGUUUUGAAGUUAUACUAUGGCAGCGGGGGGACAGAAAAGGGAGUCUCAGAAAUGGAUCUUAUAAUAUGA